GGUCCCCGCAAUGAGCACCCCCUCUGCCUUUCUGGGUUUCUCCCUCUCUACGCCAUUUUUCAAUGAUCAAAAUCCUCGUCGGCCUCAUCCUCCCUGUCGCUAUUUAAAGAUGAAUCCUCCGAUGCUUCCCAUCACCAAUCCUUCUGCUUCUUCAGCAAUGGUAGCGACCACAUCUUUGACUGCAAAUGCGGCCACAAUGUUGAUUCAGGAGCAUCAUGAUGAGACUUCUCGCCUUCUCAUUGAUGGUAGGGCCGUCGAUACGAAGCCUUUUCUCCCUAGGGCUUCCAGCUACACCAGUACUGGUACGCCCGUUAAUGGCAGCAGCUUCUAUCAGCAGCGGCGGAGGCGGAUUGCCAGCGACACCUCUCUGGCAUCUCUCACCAUGGACGGUGGCGGCCGGAGCGAGUACGUGGCCCACGCUGCGUCCGAGACAUAUUUGCUGACUCGCCUUGGUUUCAAGCUGUUGCGGUAUCUUGGGGUAGGCUACAGAUGGAUUACAAGAUUUCUUGCACUUGGUUGUUAUGCCUUACUACUUAUGCCAGGUUUUAUUCAAGUUGGAUAUUACUAUUUCUUCUCCAGUAGGGUCCGCAGAGGUAUUGUUUAUGGAGAUCAACCAAGAAAUAGGCUUGAUCUGUAUUUACCCAAAAACAGUGAUGGGCCAAAGCCAGUUGUUGCAUUUGUAACUGGUGGAGCCUGGAUUAUUGGUUAUAAAGCAUGGGGUUCUCUUUUAGGGCAACAGUUAUCAGAAAGAGACAUCAUCGUGGCAUGCAUAGAUUACAGAAAUUUCCCCCAGGGAACCAUAAGUGAUAUGGUGAAUGAUGCUUCUCUAGGUGUCUCAUUUGUGUGCAACAAUAUUGCUGAAUAUGGAGGUGAUCCUAAUAGGAUUUAUUUAAUGGGACAGUCAGCUGGUGCACAUAUUGCUGCUUGCACUCUCUUGGAGCAGGCAAUCAAGGAAUGUGGUGAAGGAGAGAGCACUUCUUGGAGUGUCUCCCAGAUAAAGGCUUAUUUUGGUUUAUCUGGAGGGUACAAUUUAUUUAACCUGAUAGAUCAUUUCCAUAGUCGAGGCUUAUACCGUUCUAUCUUUUUAAGCAUAAUGGAAGGGGAACAAUCUUUACAUCAAUAUUCUCCUGAAGUAAUGGUGCAGGAUCCGAACAUUAAAACUGCAGUUUCUCGCCUACCUCCUAUCAUCCUUUUUCAUGGUACUGCAGAUUAUUCCAUUCCAGCAGAUGCCAGCAAGUCUUUUGCAGAGACUCUUCAAAGAGUUGGAGUUAAAGCUGAAUCAAUAAUGUACGAAGGAAGAACUCACACAGAUGUAUUUCUUCACGAUCCAAUGAGGGGUGGUAGAGAUGAUAUGUUUGAAGAUUUAGUUGCCAUGAUUCAUGCAAAUGAUCCAGAAGCCCAAGCAAAAGAUGCAGUGGCACCUCCAAGAAAACGCCUUGUACCUGAAUGCAUGUUGAAGUUGGCUCGUGCUGUCAGCCCAUUCUAACCAUUAUUACAGCUAUUAACCAUGAAGCUCAAUUGAACACAAUUUUUUUGGCUCUUAUUUUGUUCAUAUAUACUUUUUAGAAUCACCGUUAGCACUCCUACUUUUGUUACCCUUUUCUUUUUCUUCUUUUACUUAAGGAUAACUAGAGAAUGACUGUAUCCAAUACCCAUGUUGUGACUUGUGAACGAACAUAUUUGUUUCAAUACAAGUUUACCAUACCUCAUUUGAUGGAUGUUAUCACGGUA